AUGUCAAAGCAAAAGACUGUCAUUGUCGGUGCCGGUCCUGUCGGUGCUCUUGCAGCUCUUUACGCUGCUGGCCGUGGCCAUGAGGUAGAGGUUUAUGAACUACGAGGAGAUCUUAGAGACCCAGCCACUGUUCCACUUAAUUUUACCAAGUCGAUCAACUUGGCUCUAUCAGAGCGAGGCAUUAAUGGACUGAAGAAGGCAAACGUUCCUGGUCUGAUUGACUCAGUACUGGAGGAGACUAUUCCCAUGCAUGGCCGCAUGAUUCACGGUGCAAAACAAGGAGAAAUCUACGAAGAAUCCCAGAACUACGAUAUCUAUGGAAGAGCUAUUCGUGCGGUGGACAGAGCGGGCCUCAACAAGCGCCUUCUCGAUGAAUUGGACAAGAUGCCCAACGUCAAGCUGCUGUUCAAUCACAAGCUGGUAGGUGCUGAUUUCAAGAAGAACAAGGCUUGGUUCGAGAGGCGCGACGAAGGUGUGCGACAAGACCACGCUCAGAACCCAACUCAAGGCAAAGAGGCUUCUCACGCCUCUACCGAAAUCGAGGUGCCGUUUGACUUCAUGAUCGGUGCCGAUGGCGCUCACUCUGCUGUCCGUUACCACUUGAUGAAGUUCACACGCAUGUCAUACCAGCAAGAGUAUAUUGAUACGCUCUGGUGUGAGUUCCACAUGGAGCCAUCAGCAACAAACGACUUCCAGAUCUCGCCUAACCAUCUACACAUCUGGCCAGGCGGUGAAUUCAUGUUCAUCGCUAUCCCAUCUCUGGACAAAUCUUUCACCUCGACACUUUUCUUGCCCGCCAGUAUUUUCGCCGAGCUAGACAAGAACCCUUCGUCCUUGGUAGACUUCUUCAACAAGAACUUCCCUGGUGUGGCAGGCAAGCUCAUCCCCGAGGCCGAAUUGCAGAAGCAAUACAAGGAGAACCCGCAUCUACCACUCAUCAGCAUCAAGUGUUCACCAUACCACUUUGGCUCUUCUGCCGUCAUCUUGGGCGAUUCAGCACAUGCCAUGGUUCCUUUCUACGGUCAAGGCAUGAACGCAGGUCUCGAAGACGUGCGCGUACUCUUCGAACAUCUAGACGAAAACGGUCAAGACGCCACUGGUCGCGCCAAAGCACUUGCCGACUACUCUAGCAAUCGCGCGCCCGACGCAGCAGCCAUCAACGACCUCGCUCUCCGCAACUACCAAGAGAUGCGCGCAGAUGUGGUCUCACCACUCUAUCGAUUGCGCAAGUGGAUCGAGGAGAAGAUGACUGUCUACUUCCCCUCCGCCGGUUUCGCAACGCAAUACUCUCGUGUCAGUUUCGGUAACAUGCGCUACUCGGAAGUGGAGAGGCUGGCCCAGAAGCAAGGCAACAUCCUGCUGGGUGGUAUGGCAGGAUUUGUCGCGCUCAUGAUUCCAGCAAUGGGUUAUGCCAGCUGGGCCAUCUGGAGAUGGAACCGCGCAUCACACGCUUCUAGACUUUCUGUCAAAGGCAUUGCAGGUCUGGGCGGUAUCACCGAGAGAAUCGGAAGAAUCUUCACCUAG